AUGGAGGCAAUAAAAUCUGCUAGGAAUAAAGAUAAACAGGAACAAAAAUAUACCUCUGUUCAGAGGUCUAUGGAUAUCUUUAUUAGGCUGACUAAUCUCUCAAUGGAAUGGAACAUGUGCUGUUUCGUAGGAACAUUCGUUUCCAAUUCAGAUAGAGAAGAGUACUGGGAUAAUAUGCACAAAAAAAUGGCACAAUCGAUUCUAGAUAACAUCAAAACGCUUAAAGGAUGCUGGGUUAAACUGGGCCAAUUUUUGAGUACUAAAACGGGGUUUUUGCCUAGAUAUUACCUAGAAGCGUUUUCACAAUUACAGGAUUACAUGCCCAAUAGCGACUUUUCAGAGAUAAUAGACACAAUAGAGGAGGACCUGGGAUAUAUGGACGAUAUUUACUCAAGUUUCGACUCAAUCCCAAUAGCAAGCGCAUCAAUAGCACAGGUCCACAAAGGAAGGUUAGUAGAUGGAUCGCAAGUAGCAGUAAAGGUACAACACAAAUCUAGUGAACAGAAUUUGAUGAACGAUAUCGAAAUCCUAAAAAUGAUCACAUCGUUAAUGAAUGCAGCUGGAGUAUUCCACUACAUCAGAGACUAUUUCGAAGAGUACGCAUCCUAUGCAGCAAAGGAGCUGGACUUUGUUGUGGAGACUGCAAAUAUCCAGUACUCACAUCUAGAUGUGUAUAGAUCAAAAGUGCCAGUCAAGGUGCCUAAACUCUAUUCAGAUUACUGCUCAAGGCACGUCAUAACAAUGGAGUUCUAUGAUUUAUACAAGUUCACAGAUAAAGAGUUUAUCGAAAAGUACAAUGUGAACAUGAUGCAAAUGAUCUACGAUCUACACGACUUCGCGUUUUUCCAGAUUAUGUCCUGCGGAAGGUUCCAUUCUGACCCUCACCCAGGAAACCUACAGCUUACAUAUGAUCAAAAGGACAAAAGAACAUACCCAGUAUUCCUCGACUGGGGAUUUACCACAAACGUAGGCGAAGUCGAGAGGUUGGGGUUAUGUAAGCUUUAUAUAUCAGUUUACACCUUUGAUUUUCUGGGACUAACAUCAGCCUUGCUUGAAAGCGGGUUUACACUCCUUAACAUGUAUCCAUUUCGCUACGAUCUACUUUUCAAUUCACUCAUUUCUAUUCUGCUAUCGUCACACAGGACAACUUUUGGAGCAAAAAAACCAAUUGACAACGCUCAGGCAAGUAAAGAGGCCCAGGCAAGGUUACAUAUGCUAAUUAAAGAGUUUUUGACAAACUACUUCGAUAAGGCACCUAACUUUCUGCCACUGACAUUCAAGGUGUUGUCGGAAUAUCAUUCACUUUCAAGAACAGUAGCUACAUUUGCUCCAUUUCUACACCUAAUCUAUAAAAAUGCUUCAUUCGCAAUGUAUUCUGUCUACGACUCUCCAUUAAAUUAUUAUUACGGAUCAUUAGGAUUGCCACUACUACAGAAUAAACUCAACUCGAUAAAAUAUAAACUUCUGAAGAUGGGAGUACACUGCACAUUUUACGAUCUAUUGGAAAAGUUAUCGACUGAUUCUCUAAACAGAAACAAGAACUUUAGGAUCUUUUCAGAACUCAUCCUAACUAAUAGCAAGAACCUCCUUGAAUCAAGACUCUCAGAUUUGCUGAGACAUUUGUACCAGGACAACGAUAACCUAGUAUCGUUCCAAAUAUCUGUUAUACAUAACGGAUCAAUAGAUGUCGAACUUUCAUUCGGGGAUAUUUGGAAGUAUGAAAAGAGACCAGUUUCAAACGAAUGCCUAUUCCCACUAUUUUCUAUCACCUCUGGCAUACUUUCAAUCGCAGUUUUACAUUUGUCAUCAUUGGGGAUGAUUGACCUGGACGAUAGAGUUUACAACUACUGGCCAGAGUUUAAGAAUAAAAAGGAGUACAUCACAAUUCGAGACAUUAUGGAUCAAAAGUGUGGAGUCAUAUAUAUGGAGUACCCGUUCAUAGAUCUGUUCACUUCACGAGAAAACAUUGCAGCCUGCAUAGAAAAUGCGGAAUUUUUAAACCACGAUGAGUCCAGCGCUGAUUAUAUGUUCGCAAUCUACGGGUUCAUAUUAUCUGAGAUUAUCACAAGAGUGACUCGAGUUCCCACUGAGCAGUUUGUCCUCAUGUUGACAUCAAUGGUUGGAAUCGACAACAAAAACUUUCUCUUCCCGAACAUGGAUGAAGGUAAGGAGGAGGAAUCUGAAAGCGAAUCAAAUGAAGAUGAGGAACAAAGUAAUGAGGAGACACCGAAUCCUGCAAUUAACUUUACAAAAAAUCUGAACGUUCUUUUUGAACAGAGCGUUUCAGUGUUCUGGAAAAAUCUCCCAACAUUCCAUUUAUUUAACAAUGAACAAAUGAAAUCCCGAGAACAAAGCGAUUCAACAUCCAGUGAUGAAGAAGAUGAAGACAAACGCAGGGAAGUGCUCGAAAGUCCACAAUAUAAACGAGUUAAACCUAUUAGGGAAGAAGAGGAUUCAAAGUUUAGAUACUCAGACAGUUCUGACGUUGAAGAUAAACAAAAUUCAACUCGAGAGAAGAAAGAAGAUUCAAAUUACGUUGAUCUUAAUAUCAACUCGCCUAAAUCUGGUUCAAGUUACUGUGAUACUAGCGACUCAAGUUCUAGUGACUAUCGAAACCGGAAUGUGAAGCUUGUUUCUUUGGAUGACAAUAGACUUGAUAGUAAUUUGAAGACUCUUAACAUAUCCAUUGAUGAGUACAGAAGGAAUCUAUCCUUCGAGUCCACUGUAAUUGACAUUCCAAGAGACGAAAAGGGUGAAAUCGACUCAACUUACUAUUGCUAUUGCUACAAGUAUGACAAGGACUUUCCAGACCACGAAUUCAAACGGUGUUAUGUUCCAACCAAGUACUGUCCUAUGGACAAUAGGCUUGUAAAACUAUUGAGAACCUCAUCAAUUGACAGUCUGUACCCAUUCUAUUCUAAAAUGAUGACUCCACAACAGGAAGAGUUAGCAGAUUCUGACUAUUGUAGUGUCAUUUUGACCGAAUCACCCACCGAGUCAGAUUCUGAGGAUAUCUCUGAACAAAUUGAAAAGUCUUUUAGGAAAACAUUCGACAGACUCUCGUCAAUCAAGUACGAUUACGACGACACAAACUAUCGUGACAUAAAUUUCUCUGGAAUAAGGAAGUCUGAGAACACCCACGAUGACCCAAACAUCAACAAUGAGCUGGAAAGCUUGGCCAAAAACGACCCCUUGUCCUCAAAUGUCAUAGGGAAGAUGGGAAGGAUGGUCAGAAAUCGCAAUAAAGUUUGUUUUUCAGAUAAGAUUCCAGAGAAUCCUAGAGGUUUCACCUACCCCGACUUUAUUAGGUUUAACUGUCCUCUAAUUAACCCUGUUAACUCAAACUACCCCAAGUUUUACCGAAAGUCGGUUCCUUUUCUAAAUGCUAGGAGUAACUCUCUUUCUCUCUGUCUUUUUUAUUACUCGAUUCUAUCUGGGUCACUUAUAUCCACAGAGUUACUUGAUGAAGUCAUGGAACACAACUAUGACGACAAUUCUCUUAUAGGCCGUUCCUUAUCAGGACUCUUUAAACCCACAUUUUCACUUGGUUUUCAAAAGUUUACUUUUCUGGAUGUGAACAACAACUUUUACCAGGGCUUCGGUCACUCUGAUGUUUCAGGCUCCGUUGUUUUUGGAAUCCCUGUCCUAAACUUGUGUAUUUGUAUUUUCGUCUCUCACUGUUCAAGGCAUCAUGUUCUCAUCAAGGUUCUUCAGUUUAUUUUGGCUCACUAUGGCCUAAGGCUGCUGGGAUACAAAAUUCCAGGCCAUGACCUUUAUAAGGUUCUUUCCCUCUUGUAA